CUGGGCGAAGUGACUGCCACAUUCUGGGCUGCUUUGUAAAAUGCAGUCUCUCUGCGUGUGGAACUGGAGUACAGUAUCGCAGAAUGCAACUUGCAGGCGUCCCGAGGCUGCGCCUGUUAGCAGACCCGCGAAAUCGCGCUGCCGCAGUGCGUGUCUGCCCCUCCAGACCUCGCAACUCGCAAAGUUGUAACAGAAGAUGUGGAAACACUCUACAGGUCGGGCUGCAUCUGUGGAAAGAGACGGUUGUGGUGUUCAUAGCGUUCCUGUGUAUACGGUGUUCAGAGUGGACUCAUUAUUCAAUCUACCGCUAUUUUGAAGUUGUCACCAUCUGGUUUUUUAUUAUGGUUUUGGUAUUUUACAUCAUUUACCUAACAAGACUUUACCAAAAGAUAACUUGCAUACACUGGUCACUAACAGAAUUCUUGCACUAUGUUGUUGCGACCAUUUUGCUGUUGAUUGCAUCGAUUGUUGGAGCAACUAAAGCUAAUGGAUAUGCUGGAUUGGCUGCUGGCGUGUUCUUUGGCUUUGCAUCAACAAUUCUGUAUGGCAUUGGUGCCUGGCAGGCCUACAAGAUGUGGCGUGGUCCUCAACCAUCACCUGUUAAUGUAUAACUCAGAAGUUGGCAGCAAGCAGUUUUAUCAGAAGUGUGCAGUCCAGACACUCGAUUGUGCUUGACUUUGGAUCUGAAGAUUCAUUUUGUAAUAAUUCUGCAAGAACAUGCUUUAUACUUAAUAUUGUCUUUUGUCUAAGUUAAAUAUAUUAUAUUUUAUAAAUGAAGUUAGUUUGUAUCAAAGACAACAUGAAUGAAAAUAUUUUGUAUAACAGCUUAAAAAUAAGUGCCUUCCUUUUGGUUUACUAUAGAAUUACCACAUAGUCAUUGUAGUCCAAGUGCAAUUUGCUUAUACAGUAUGUAAAACUCAACCAAUCCUUACAACCAUUUAGUGUUCUUGCUCUAAGUGCCAGUAAAACGCCUCUUUGUACCCUUUUACUUUUGCCAUGCUGGCAAAGUUUUUGAUGUUUUGGGGCAGGAAAUGUGUCUGAAUGACUAGUUUCUGUAUCUACAUCUUUGUGAAUGCUGACAUAUUGUGUGGAAAAAUCAGUAUUGGUUCGCUUUGUAAAUAAAAUGAAUCCGG